GCUACGUUGCCAUAUGCUGUGCGCAGGCGCAGUGGAGCACAUAUUUCAUGUGUUGUACGUCGUGUCCGGUGGAGGUCACAGACAUCUGAGCAAAACCGAGUGGGAUUGCUAUCAUGGCCAAGCUGUUCGAGUCUAUUGGGAAGUUGGGGCUGGCCCUCGCCAUUGGUGGAGGUGUUGUGAACUCUGCCCUUUUCAAUGUUGAUGCAGGGCACCGGGCUGUGAUAUUUGACAGGUUCAGAGGAGUGCAAGAUGCUGUUGUUGGUGAAGGGACCCACUUCCUUAUUCCUUGGGUUCAGAAACCUAUCAUCUUUGACUGUCGCUCCCGUCCACGCAACGUGCCUGUCAUCACAGGCAGCAAAGAUCUGCAGAAUGUAAACAUCACACUGCGUAUCCUCUUCCGGCCGGUGACCACCCAGCUGCCACGCAUCUUCACCAGUAUCGGUGAGGACUAUGAUGAGAGGGUGCUCCCAUCUAUUACCACAGAGGUCUUAAAGGCUGUAGUGGCCCGAUUUGAUGCAGGCGAGCUCAUCACCCAGAGAGAGCUUGUGUCUCGGCAGGUCAGUGAGGACCUCACAGAAAGAGCCAACACCUUCGGCCUUAUCCUGGAUGAUGUUUCACUGACACACUUGACCUUUGGCAAGGAAUUCACAGAGGCUGUGGAGAUGAAGCAGGUGGCCCAGCAGGAGGCUGAGAGAGCCCGUUUCAUUGUAGAAAAGGCAGAGCAACAGAAGCAAGCUGCCAUCAUCUCAGCAGAGGGAGAUUCCCAGGCUGCCUUGCUCAUCGCCAACUCCCUGAUGGAGGCUGGCGAUGGUCUGGUAGAGCUGCGUAAGUUGGAGGCAGCUGAGGACAUCGCUUUCCAGCUCUCCCGCUCCCGCAACGUCACGUACCUGCCGUCAGGACAGGGCACAUUGCUCCAGCUACCCCAGUGAUAACAUCUCGCCUGUUUGCUUUCACCAGCCAUUACAAGGGCCAUGGAAGGGGUGGUUGGAGGAUUCAGUAAAGGACUCUCAGCUUCACACACAUUCCUCCCACUCUUUCUCUAACCAACUCUGGACUGGGCUCUGCUGAUAGCAGGAUGGUGGGAGACAAAGUGAGAGGUCUGCGUUGGAUACAUUUAUGAAGUCCACUCGUGUAUGGAAGUGGAGAGCAGCCUAUAUACAAUAUUUUGUUUUGAAAACGACAACUGCAGUAAAUUCUGUGAAUAUUAGUCUUUACUACAUUGUCUCAGAGCACUGCAUGUGUGGAAAGCAACAGUGAUUUUUAACAUCAAGGGAAAACUGUUAGUUAUUCCUUUAAAACAUAACAUGAUAAAUUGUGAAUGAUAAAUGCCAUUAUUGUUGUGCUGGAACGUCUCAUCAAAUUGUGUAACUCUGUAUAUUCAGAUCUGUAAUGAAAAGCUCUCAUUAUGAUUCACCGACAUUAACCGACUAGAGGUGGUGUCUUCAUUUGACUUAAAUUCUCUGUGUGUUCUGAUUUGCCAGAGGGAUUAAAUUUCAUAAAUGUGUCCGCUUCCUAGCCAAUUAUUUCUUAAUAAAUAAUAUUGCUAGUCCCAAUCAGUUGGAACGUGCCUGUCAGAUAGUAGAGGAUGGUCCUUCAUUCUUUACAGUUGUUGCUGUGUCUUUAGUUUGUGUGGAGAAGAUGUGCACCCAAUGUUUCAGAAAUGGCUCAAGUUAACAAUAAAAUUGUCUUUCUACCUCCCA